GAGUUGGAUUGAGACGCGUCCCGGUUGGACGAGACGAUGGUGUUGUUUAUGUGACGGAAUGCGGGCGCGCGGCGACACAACGGACAACAAACCGCGUUAAUUGGUGAUAAAACACACACACACACACACACACACACCACAGAUGUAGGGGACAGUGUUAGGGAUCAGGGCGUUAUUCGGGACGUAACAUGGACUAAAACAGACGCUCGCGCCGCUGCACCGGAGGCAGAAUGUGGCCGUCGGUAACGGAGACGUGCCGCGGCCUCGCGCUGUCGGUGUGGCUCGUGUCCCUGUGCUGUGUGAACGCGGCGGAUAAGGAGGAGUGGUACACGGCCUUCGUCAGCGUCACGUACGUGGACCCGGUGACCGCGCAGCUGCGCACGGACAAGAGCGAGUGCGGUCACUACGGUGAACACAGUCCCAAGCGCGACGCUACAGGGUGGCUCGCGACUGCGGUGUCGGCACGUGAGAGACACGCCUGUGACCCCAACACGCGCUUCGCCGUGCCGGACCGAGCCGGUGCCUGGAUCGCGCUGGUCACACACGGAAACUGCACGUUUAAGGACAAAAUACGGCACGCGUCCGGACAGAACGCUUCCGCUGUGGUCAUCUUUAACGUCGGGGCUCCUAACGCCAACGACACCGUUACCAUGACGCAUCCGGGUACGGGUGAUGUGGUAGCGAUCAUGAUCCCAGAGCACAAAGGCCGUGAGCUGGUGCUGUUACUGGAGCGGAACGUGACGGUGAACAUGCACAUCACCAUCGGGACGCGCAACCUGCAGAAGUACGUGAGCCGAACCUCCGUCGUCUUCGUCUCCAUCUCCUUCAUCGUCCUCAUGAUUAUUUCGCUGGCGUGGCUCGUCUUCUACUACAUCCAGAGGUUCAGAUACGCCAGUGCACGAGACCGCAACCAGAGGCGCCUUGGUGAUGUGGCUAAAAAGGCCAUCAGUCAGCUUCAAGUACGGACCAUCAGGAAAGGAGAUCAGGAGACGGAGUCAGACUUUGAUAACUGUGCUGUGUGUAUUGAAGGCUACAAGGCCAACGAUGUUGUGCGAAUUCUGCCCUGCAGGCAUGUCUUUCAUAAAGGCUGUGUGGAUCCAUGGCUGGUGGACCAUCGCACGUGUCCUAUGUGUAAAAUGAACAUCCUGAAAGCGCUCGGGCUCACGUCGAGUGCAGAGUGCUUAGACGAGCUCCCUCUGGACUAUGACCUGGCUGUCGGGGGUGUGGCCCUGAACGCCAUGGUGCAGAGUGAUGAUGUCCUGGGUGGUGACAUCACAGGGGGGCGUGACCCCGGGGUCAGGCUGUUGGGUCUCCCUCAGGUCCUCCUGGACUCGGAGCCCAUCACUGAGGACACCUUGUUGACUGAGCAGAGUGAACUGCAGCCAUUAGCGAGCAGCGGAUCAGAAGCAUCGCUCGCUGCAGCGGCAGGGCAGUACGAUAUGGCCACGCCCACAGACAUGGCGAAAUGCCGACCGGGCAGCAGUCUCUGUCACUCCAACCGAGGAUGCAUGGAUUGAGUCGUCCCCGACGUCAGAGUAGCCAUGGCGACAGGUGACGCUGACUGAGCUUCCGGUGGAAUCUCCUAGCCGACGACAUCACACUAUGACAUCACUGCCUGCUGCAUUCCAACCCUUUACUCUUUCCGUGUGUCUGGUGUUUAAGGAAGAGACGCACCGGUUCCUCGUUCUCUGUUGAUUUACUCCAGAGUGAUUUACACUCGAGUAUAUUCGUAUAUUCCGGAUUAUAAAACACGGCGACUCUGAAACUCCGCGUUCAACAUAAACGCUAGCCGAAGAAGUUACGUUUAUAUCAAACAUGCGAGAAACUGAUGAUGAAUAGUUUUACUUUUAUUUUACUGGUAAGAAUUUAAGUGGAAAGUGGAGACAAGGUGAAGACCCUUCAGGACGCCGUCCGGGGUUUCAGCACGACGCUCUUUACUUAUUUACUUGCUUAUUUUAUCAAGAAAUCUUUCUGCUAGCUUUAGAAACUCGACAGCUCUGCGGUCGAACGCUCGACGCUAUCAGUUUAUCUUUAGCUAAUGCAGACCUCUGGCUGUCUCUCGUAACCGCGAACUAACGCAAACCAGCUAGCUUUCAGUUUUAAAAGUUUUGCUUUUAAUUAUUUGAUCAUUUAUUCGUCAGGUGCACACGCGACGUCACAUGACUUUCGUCUAAGACGCUUAGCCGACGGCUAAACGAACGGAAGAUCCGUUGACGUCUCAGACCAGCAGAGUUAGCUACGGAAAAAAUUCGGUUGUAGUUUAAAACGCACGUUUUAACACAUUUAUCAUAAAUCCAUCCAUUUAUCUUUGUUCCACAAAUAAACUACAGAGAUAUUGUUACUGUUUGCCAAAUCCAGUUUGGUUUGCGCUUCUUACAUGUAGGUCACGUGACAAGAACGGGUUUUAAGCUACUGGCUAAUAUUUGAGCUGCUAAAGCAGUGCGUAGCUCAGCAGGACGAUCGCUACAUCCUCUGGAGCGGGUUUUAUAGUCCGGAAAAUACGCUACGCUACGUAGUUUUCGGCAGACUAUCGGCUUUCGCCGCCUUUACGUCCUCAGAAGUGUUCGCUUUACGAUGUUAGCGUCGUUACAUGUGAUUGUGGGUGGAAACAAAAUGGCUGCUCUGGAAAACCUUUUUUUUCUUUUGUUUUUUUAUUGUUCUGUCAGUUAAGACGCUGAAAUUUUUUAGAGACAAUGCAACAGAAUAGACAAAAAGUCUGUUUAUUCGGUGUAGAACUAUUCAGACCGCAUUCGAUUUAAUAGACUAGAUUUAAAAAGGCCACGCCCACUCUACGCUAACCCGACGCUAAUCUCGUAUUCCAGACAUCGUUGGCCUUUCCGUCAGGACUUAAAGGCUGCACUCGUUCUGCUCGACAAUCAGCUAAUUCGUUCGUCCCUACGUGGAAUUUUCUCCCAUCGCAUCUUCUCCUGAGCCGAGCGGAUCGAUUUUAACCGAGAAAAAAAAAGAGCAGUGUUUUUAUUUUUCUAUAGAAGUGCGUUCGAACGGUGGACGAGCGCAACGUUCAGAGACGCUGCGAGAGGAACAAAACGUGUGACUCGAGAGUUGUUUUUUUUUUUCGCUCGUGUGAGUUUUAUGUUUCCAGAAAGUGCUCUUGACCUCGUGGACCACAGCAUUUCAUACGCCUAGAGCAUGACGGCAAGCCUUUGCACGCUUGUCUGUGUGAUGUGAGCGGAUCUCAUUCGACUUCGUAUCUUUUUCCUCCGCAGGGUAAUUUUAUUGUAUAUUGUAAAUAGAAGCAUUUUGUCAAACCCA